AUGAUCACAUUUCCUCACUUAUUACUUGGUACUUUCGUUUUAAUACAAAAAUACUAUUUUUUAGUUUACUGCAUACAUCUGACUCUGAAGAUGGCAUUUUCGGCUGAUCCAGAUCACUGUCCAGGUCAACGAAUUAAAUGUUACAGUUGUAAUUCUGUUGAAGACAAUCACUGCAACGAUCCAUUUUUUCGACAACCACAACAGACCAAAUCAUUUCCUUUAGUGGAUUGUAAUGAUUAUUGUUUUAAAUGGGCUUUUCAAGGUCCAGAUGGACAGAAACAUUUAAUACGAAAUUGUUCGACAAGUUUAAAUAUGAAAAUGGAGAAAUAUUUAGUUUGUAUAGCUGAAUCACGAUCAUCAAUUGGUCAUUUAUGUUUUUGUAAUAAAGAUAAAUGUAAUUCAGCUAAUUCAAUUAUAAAACAAUUUCAUUAUAUUUAUUAUAUUGUUUUAAUAAAUCUAAUUCAAUUAUUUUAUCGAUAUCGACAUAUACUACUAAUAUUACCUAUAUUGUAUUAUCAAUAAGUAUAAUGUAUUUAUUCAUAAGUAUAACUGUAGUUAUUUAUACUUAACUUGUAUAAAAUAAUUUAUGUAUAGAUUUCUAUGAACUUUGUAUAUUUCUAUAUACACAUAAUCCUGAGAUUGUUACAUAAUUACUUACUUAAUUACACCUGUUACACCUCAUAAAGGAGCAUAAGCCGCCUACCAGAAUUCUUUCAUCGAACUCUAUUCUAAACAAUUCUUUCCGGUUCUUAUUCAUUCUUUUAAUGUCUGUUUCAAAAAUGCACAAUGGCUAAAAUUGUUAAACUAUGAUAGUAUUUAAUUAGAAUUCAAUAACAACAAAUAAAGAAGAAGACGAAUAGUAAACUAACAUAGAUCAUAAUCAUAGUUGAAUCCGUUCAAAAUAUAUUCAAUUCAAUCAUAUAUACAAUAACACAUUUAUGUUUAUUAUAUUCAAAAAUAAAAUGAUCAACAUUAUCUUUUCAUAAAAAGGGAAACAUGGAAUGAAUUUGUCUUAUGUAAUAGGAAAUGAAGAGAAAAGAAGAAUACCUCUAAGUUACUUGAUGAUGACUAUUAUUUUCAUUAUUCUUUUUAUUUUGGUUAUAAAAGAAAACGAUUAAGAGAGAGAGAGAGAAAGAGAAAACCCCAUUUUAAUAGAUAAUACAAUUUGCAUUUAGAAUACUUAUUAUUAUUACUAUUAUUUUUUUUUGCGUAUCUAUAAAGAAAACUUUUGUGUUAUUUUUUAACAAAUCUUUGAUUGCGAAUUUUUACUUAAAUCUGUUACUUUCAAUGGAGGAUAGGUCGUUGACAAGCAUUCUCCAAUCUACUCUGUCCUGGGUUUUCCUUUCUAGUUCUAUUCAAUUAUUGUUCAUUCUUCUCAUGUCUGUCUCCAUUUCUCGGUGGAAUGUGUUCUUUGGUGUUCCUCUUCUCCUAUGACCUUGAGGAUUAUAAGUGAGUGCUUACCUUGUGAAACAAUUGGGCGCUUUCCUCAAAGUAAGUCCUAUCUACUUCCAGCGCUUCUACUUGAUUUCUUCCUCCGCUGGAAUUUGAUUUGUUCUCUCCCAUAGUAGGUUGUUACUUAUAGUGUCUGGCUAACGGAUCUGAAGUAUUUUGUGUAGAAAAUUGUUAAUAAACAAUUGUAUCUUUUGAAUGAUGAAUUUCGUAGUUCUCUAAGUUUUCACCUCAUAUAGUAGAACUGUUUUGACAUUUGUAUUGAAAAUCCUGACUUUGGUGUUGGUUGACAGUUGUUUUGAGUUCCAGAUGUACUUCAGUUGUAGAUAUGCUGCUCUUGCUUUGCCGAUCCGCGCCUUCAUAUUUGCGUAUUGUGAAUUUUUAAUUAAUUAACUUAACAUUAUACAAUAUGAACAAGAAAUCUCUUCUAGUAAUAUUUUUUUUUCCUACUUUCUAUAACAUUUUCAUUUCAAUAAUGUAAAAUUAUGUACAGUUAAAUGUUUCUCUAAAUGAAACAAUAAAUAAUCUGGUUUAAACGAA